UGAUACCAAUACGAUUUCUAAUCAAGCAUGGAGAGCGAGCAACAAAAUGUGGGACGGUUUUGGUUUCUGGGAAUUGAGUAGGCGAGAGCGGAAAUACCUUCAGUAUGAGCCUUGGUGUUCAUCCUCUACUUUAGCUAACAUGCGUCACUUGUCCCUAUCCUCCGGUGAGGUCAUGUUGGACAGGAUAUUGUUCUCAUCGUCCUUAUCCUUCUAAAGCGUUUGUUUAAUUGCCAUUUAUAACUAGCGCUUUGUUCUUAAACCAAGCCGUCGUAAGUCAAGAAUUUCGUCAUUAUUGCGAGACUGGGUCGAACAAUUUCCAGCCCGGGAAUCCCAACAUUCUGUCAAUCAUGACUCAUUGAUCGCAACAUUGAAUUCAUUGUAGAUAAAUUUGAUAAGCUUGGGUCCUCCGUUGGCGCGAAGUUCUCGAUGCCAUUUGCAUAUUGUUUCUUAUCGGCCCUCUCUAACCAUGCACCAUGAGUCAAUGAUAGGGAUGAUGUUCAUGAAUGCUUCAGAACGGAACGGACACGGAUGGUCUUAUCAGUGCUUCUCGGAAAUCUGAACGCCUUCCAACCGCCACAAUUGGCAUUGAAAAAGGCUUGAAAAGGCUAACAUCCUUUUUUGUUGACGACCACCGUCGUUCUCCCUUGGGAACAUCAAAUUUACAACGUGAUGUAAGAUCAAUGAGAGGCCGUCCCUUAUCUUUGUACCUUUUUCGCAACGAGAGCAAUAAUCGCAAUCAUCUAACUGUAUACUUUAUGAGUUGACGAUUCUGGAACGCAACACACGAUCGAGUACUUCAAAGUUUUUGUGUGCAUUAUCUUCUCCAUGUGCGUGUUUCAUCGCUUACACUACGUACAUAGUAUUGGCCAAUAUGCUUAGAGAUUAGUGACUUGAUCUCUGGCAGGAUGGAGGAUGGGACGAGUGUUUUCAGCAAGCAACCUGAGCGAAAUCUCACAUGUGGACGUACGCUUCGGGAUCAAAAUUAGAGCACGCACAAACAUACGAGACAAGAGUGAUGUAGUACAUCUUGUUUAUCAAACAAACUAAUUCAUGAUGUAGUCGCGGCCGGAGCUUGGGGAUCCAAUACAGCUCUGGGUAUUUUGUUAUCUGCCGAGGUCCGUCAUUCGCUGAUUCGCUCAUUCGUUUGUCCGUUCAGACUCGAGUUCAGCCCGAAGCGCAAACAAGCACGUCUUCUUCUGGCGAACGUUCUCGGCUCUUGGACAUGGAUGGGAUGAUAGUACGCGCCCUUUUUGGCGCUUAUGCAAGUUCGGGGAGAAUACACUACUUGUUACACAAAGAAGUGGGAUCCUGAUGUGCUUGGAACUUCUCACGUUGAUGGAACAAACGGUCUUGGAGGGCCACCAUCAAAAAGUACUCUAUGGUAGCGCUACAAAACCAAAAGGGCAUAGACUGGGCUCUAUUAUGAAAUAGUGACAUCACAGGCCGUACAAUGAAAGAGAGGAGACAAAUAUCAGGUUCCGGAAAGGCACAUCUCUGAUCUGCUCACUAAGGACUUCCAAGAAAUCUCUGCUCGCCCACACUUUGGAUGGUGUGAGUGUCUAAAAAGCUAAUGCUUCUUUGAAUCGCAGAUAUACGUAGAUAGAGGAGUGCUUGGUACAUAAUAUCAAGCGAGAAGGCCCUUGUCUUAUUCCCGGAACACCUUGUUUGCCUCCUUUCCCUUCGAUACUAAAAUGGGACCUAUUAGUGUUUCGAGUUCCAGGGAACAUCGCGUAUUUUGGGAUAGCGGAUGAGGAGCUUAUAUUUGUGCGUGAUUGCGCAUUGCUCUGGACUCAACUUCGUAGGUUGUAGGUGGUUCGACACUCUUCCCUCAAGUCACACUGUCCAAUUCAAGGCCCCUUUGAUUCCGGCAAUGAAUGCAGAAAACAUAAUUUGGAUUCCACACGGAUUGCAAACCUAAAAGGGUACUUUCCGCCUUCGUCACUCCUGAGUACGUAAGGCAUGGCCAAGACAAUCAAACUGGAUGGGGAUUAUGAAGUACGCAUGUGAUCGGCAUUCUGGAAUUGGCCUUCAUUCCAAGAAACUGGGAUUCACGCACUCGUCGAAUGUUCCUGUGCCGUUGUGCAUUGCCUCUCCGAUCUCUCUCACUCGUUAGUAGAGUACAAGGGUACAUUGUUGAACGAAGGCGAAUACAGCAACGCACUUGGCUUUGCGCUUAGCGAGAUUUGAUCUGCAGCACUCGGUCCAGCAGGCCGGAUCAUACGGGCUUGUCAAAAUAAACACGCUCUGCGCACGGGUUGAACUGUUUUCUUCUACGACAAAGCGCCCUUAUCAUCGAGCGUGACGGUGGAAGAGUACACAGAGUACACACUCACCACGGGUAACGAGGAGUCUUCUUACUCAUUCGGGCAAAGUACAACUCGGUCUGUUAGUAGAUCCAAGUGACACUGACCCACAAGUUGUGAAGAUUGUCUCCACAAGAUUGGAAGCCCUCAUCAGUUCAUUUGUAAAAGUAAAAAGCUACACUAAAGCUUUCAGUGCUUGGAGACACCCGGUUGGACAUUCUUUAAGAGGCGAACAUUGGAUCUCGUCUGUGACAACACUCACUCGCUCAUGCCUUGUUGUAGAGUACGAACCAUACAUCCCUGAGGCUCGACAUGCCACCUCAAGAACUGAUGGCUCGCUUCGCAAAGUCCCAUGGCAUUGAUGGCGCCGUGAAGCUUCUCCACGAUCUUCAGGCAUACCAGAGACCCGAGUUAAAGUAUUCUGUGCCAUUUGGCAUGCCUCCGUUCGCUAUGAAUUCAAGUCAACCCGAUUUCCUCAGCCUCAAAGACAAGGGGGAAAAGAAGAAGAGACGAUCGAGCCCCAAACAUUUGUCCUGCCAUGUGUGUGGGGAUCGUGCUCCCAAUCAUUGCCAUUACGGUGGCAUCGCUUGCUUCAGUUGCCGAGCCUUUUUCCGCAGGUCUGUGCCCAAGUAUGACACCUAUACUUGUUCUUCAAGUAGCAAUUGUGUCGUCACUCCAGCCACGAGAAAGAAUUGCCAAAAAUGCCGCUUUGACAAAUGUGUGGACGCUGGUAUGAAAGCCUCUUGGGUGCUUUCCGAUGAAGAGAAGCUGGAACGACUCGAGAAGAAACGUUCCAGGAAGGGACAAUGUGUCAUCUCGAAUGAUUCGUCGGGAUCCGCAAGCCCGGUCUCCGCCUACACGCCCCCCAGCUCCCAAUACGAUCAGAUGAGCGAGUCCAGCGAGGGCCAAUCUCGACCAGCAUCUCAGGAAUCGUUUGGGGUGCCUCAGGAGUCCCGAAUUCUCUCCUACCACGAGGAAAGGUGGAUUGAUCAGUGGGUUGGGGACCUGCAAACCACUCGAACCACAGUCGAGAUGAGUCCUCAGCUUUUGGAUCAGAUUGUUCGUCUCACCCACACUUACGAGACCAUCAAUACGGACACGAUCGUGGAGUUUUUCAAGACUGUCUACUGCCGUAUUGUAAAGUUCGUGGGCGAGAUCGAAAGCUUCUCAACCCUCACCGAUGCGGACAAAAAGAGUCUCCUCUCCAAAAAUAUGGACAUGCUCUCCACGAUCCAGUUGGCCUCUUCUCUUCACACCAACGGCGAUGGCAAUCUUGAGGCUCAAUUCCUUUACACGGGCCAUUACAGCGAGAUCUCUCAUCUUCGAGGCAAUCACGGCAUUGCCAUGGAGCAGAUAUUUGUAGAGCCGUGGGCGAAGAGCGAGACUCACAAGAACUAUUUCUCGUCCACCAUUCGUCAAGUUGCAAAACUCCUCCGCGAAGAUACCAAAGUGAGCACCUUGUUCCAAUUGGUGGCCCUAUUCCAUACCGAGAAUGUGGAGCUGGACAACAAACGCGAGAUUGAGUCGGUUCAGGAAGGCAUGGCUACUCUUCUCCAUAAGUACCUCAAACAAAGAUACGGCCACCAAAUGGCCAACUCAACCUUUUCGAAACUCAUGACUUUGCUAUUCGAUUUGAGGUGCUUGGCCGAGAUCCUCACCGGAGACUCUUGAGACUCCGCCCCUCUAAUGGAGUCCAAUGCAAACAGAGCACCAAAACACUACCUAAUAUUUACGACACGCCUCUCCGCAGCGAGUCGUCAAUCUCAAGAUUUUCGUUUUCUUUAGUCCCUUGUUUUGUUGAACGCCAUUAUCCAUAACACACUAGCUUUGCCGUGAUCUUACUGUCAAUCCUAUCUGUGAUGUUAAUGAGUUGUGCAAUUAUUACGUCCCCCCGAACACUUGAUUAUUGUUUAUGAAUUAAAAAGCCUAAUCCAAUAAAGCAAUCGUGCCAGAACAUAAA